CAAAAUGGCGAAAAAGAGGAAGUAAAAAGUGCGUCGAAGUCUGCUCCAAAAGUAGAAGGAGUCGUUUUCUGGUGACAUCCAUGAAGAAAGUGUUCUCUCCCACCUGUUCCUGACACCUGUGUCAUCAUGGCCGAGGGACAAGGUGCUGCACCCAGCUGCUCAGGUUCACCUGGACCCUCUAGUAGCCAGCUGAAGAGGAAGGGGGAGGGAGAGCAGUCUCCAGUGAAGAAGAAACCAGGUCCCCGUAGAGAUCAAGAAGAUGUUCAAAAGUACUUCUACUACAUCAAGGAAAACGUGAGCUCAGAUUGGAGGGACCUGGCCUUCUUUCUUGGGUUUCGAGGACCAGAUGUGGACAACAUCGAUGGGAGAAAUCGGGAUGACAAGUCUCGCUGUAUGGACCUGUUGGAGGAAUGGCUGAAGGGUAACGAAGAGAGAGCCACCAUAGAGGUCCUGAGAGAGGCUCUGAGCAACGCAAACCUACAGAGUGUUGUGGAUGGUCUUCAAGAAGUUCCAGUUGGAGCUGCAGGAAGAGAGUCCUCUUCAGUGACAGGUGUCAAUCAGACAGAUCUUUUCCAGCAGUCUGUGAAGAAGUACUAUGAGUUGAAACUGACUCACUUCAAGCCUCUGAUCUGGAAUGACAACUUCACACUUAGCCUCAGUGACAUCUUCACCCAGUUAGAGUUGACACCAAGAAGUGAAAAGCAUAAAAGGUCAGAAUCCAUGAGGGGAGAACAGAGAAAAGAACUUAAGUCAUUAGAUGACUUGUUCAAGCCAGAUGUCACAGGACUGUCCGCAGCACCAAGGUGCAUUCUGAUUGAGGGUGAAGCUGGAGGGGGGAAGACAACGUUUCUGUCCAAAGAAGCCCUAGAUGCCGUCUCACAGAAAACAGAGCUGGGCAGACGGCACGACAUCGUCCUGUUGAUCCGACUCCGGGAGGUGAGAGAGGGAGAGACCAUAGAGGAGAUGGUGUGGGACCAGUGUGUGCCCAAAAGAAAAGAUGUUAAUGUAGAGUACAUUGAAGCGAUUCUUGAGAGAAACGAGUCCCGUGUGCUCUUCCUCCUAGAUGGGUAUGAUGAGCUGCGGCCUGAGGCCAGGGCAGCUGGGCAGGCCAUUCCCAAACUGCUGUCUGGCAAGAUGUACCCCAACAGCACGAUUGUGAUCACCUCCCGACCCUCAGCAGGAGUGCAGCAGUACACCCGGCCAGACUGUCACGUACACAUCAUGGGCUUCUCCCCUGAUCAUGCAGCACAAUAUGUGAGAAAAUAUUUCUUCCUCACAGAAAGCCCUAAGCUGGCAGAGGCUUUCAUUGGGCAACAUUUCAUUCACUCAUACACACAGAAAGUAGAAAAUAAAACAUCUGCUUUGGCUCUGAAGGAUAACGAACUUGUAAACAACCUAAUCCAAACCCCAAUUUUUCUGCUGUUGGUCUGUCUGCUGUGGGAGGAGGACCAAGAGAUGGUGUCUACUGGAACAAUGAUGGGGCUGUACGACAACCUUCUGACAUGUCUGGUCAGAAAGUGCUGUAAGCGGGAAGGAGUGGACAUGCCAACAGAAGGGCUGCCUACAGAGGUUGCUGAGUCAUUACUGCAGCUUGGCAAGCUUGCACUAGAGGCACUGCUGAGGAAUGAGACCCUGCUUGACCUUGCAGAAGUAGAGAGAGAAAAGGUUGAUUGGGAGUUACUGUUAAAGCUUGGUGUGGUCUCCUUGGAGGUUUCUUCCUCGAAAUUGCAUCCUAGGAAACAGCUGAACUUUUCACACAAGACCAUGCAAGAGUUCCUGGCCGGACGAUAUGUAGCUCAUGCUCAAGUGAACCAAGACAUUGUUGAGAUGCUGCAGCUCACUUCCAUAAGCAAGGCACUUGAACUCAGUAACCUGCUUCAGUUCACAUGUGGCUGUGACUCACAGGCAGCACAAGCUAUGAUGGAGGAACUAAUCAAGCUCAGCAGCAGUGAGUUCACACACUUGCAACCAGAACAAUUCAGAAGUUAUGCUAUUGUGCCAGUGGAUCAAAACAUGCAAAAGUCUUGCAAUACCUAUGAAAGGUUUGCACACUUGUGCCUGAACAUCCUUUGUGAGAGACAAGAACCAGAAGUGCUUCAGGGUAUCAGUCAAGCCCUGCCAGUUGUCAUGCUGAACAGCUCCAUUAACAGUAGGGGAGCCACAGGUCUCAAGUAUUACAUACAAAAUCUCCAUUCAGCAAACCUGCCAGACAGGCUCAUACUUAAGAUCCAUAGAAGCACUGACAGAGACAAAGUACAGUACCUACAGCAGUGUUUUACAACUUCACUCCCUGGACUUAGAUUGGACUUGACACUAUGGGGGGGAUCCGGAGUCGGGGCACAUUUUGACUCACCUGAUCUGACAGCCAAGCUGGCUUCAGUUCUGAAGAAUGUUCCCUGUCUGAGGGAGCUGGGUCUGUCAGGUACAAAACUAACACCAGCCUCACUCCAGCCACUUGUGCAGGGGUUCAGACACAUGUCUCUGUUAGAGGAGCUGAAUCUUGAUUUCAACUUAUACCUUGGUGAUGCUGGGAUGGAAGUCCUACAGGUUGGGCUGUCCAGUGUUCCACACCUGGCUGUACUCCGUAUUAGGUAUGUCAACAUGACUGCUGUGGGCAUGUCAUCCCUGGCUCCCUACAUGUGCCAUCUAGUGGGACUGAGAGAGUUGGAUAUAAGUAAUAAUAAGAUUGGUGACACUGGGCUGGAAUCUCUCACCACCGUCCUCCCCACCUUCACUGCCAUGCAGGUGUUGGACCUCAGUAGGACCGGUAUCAGCCCCAUAGGCAUGCGCACACUGGUCCCUGCACUGUGUAAGUUAACCAGACUGAUCAAACUGGACAUUAGUCAAAAUGCCAUAGGAGACCCUGGGCUGGAAUGCCUGGCUGCUAUCCUCCACUACCUCACAGCCAUGAAGGUGUUGGUUCUCUAUAGGACAGGUAUCAGUGACAGGGGAGUAUCAUCCCUGAUCAAAGCUCUGCCUCACCUGGUGCAGUUACAGGUGUUGAAUGUGAGUGACAAUAACAUAGGAGACUCAGGGAUUGUCUCACUGGUUCAAACACUCUGCCAGCCCAGCAGUUUGGACAUGGAACAAAACCCACCUGGUGACAAGAGUCUGACCACAGCCCCUCACUAUAACACCACACUACAGGAGUUGCUCAUUGGGGGGAAUAGUGGAGUAACAGGAGCAGGACUAGGGAGGGUCACACAGCUCAUCAGCACACUGCCGGCACUGACCAGGCUGGACAUGUCUGGUUACCCACACAAACCUGCACACCUGUCUGACACUGCAGCCAAGGAUCUGGCCGAGGCUCUACCCAGACUCCCUGUCCUGGAGUGGCUGAACCUACUGUGCACCUCCAUGGAGCCUGCAGGGUUCCAGGCUGUGGUGCAGGCUGCUGAGGCACACCCGACAUUGGAGACACUGAUGUACUCUAGGGAUAGAGUUCCUGGGGGAGUGGACACCACAGCCAGCUGUCUGGAGCUGUGGGACAGAGUUCCCAACACAAUUCUGUAGUAGAGUGUAAGAAAAGGUGUGUAGGUAAGGUGUAUGUAGAUUUGAUUACAUGGAUGACAUCCGCGUGCGCAUGAAUUUUUGACCGUUUC